AUGCCGGAACCCGGACCGGACACACCUGGCGCCGCCAGCGCACAGCCACCGGCGCCGCCUCCCCCGCCUGCACCCAAGGAGUCCCCGUUCUCCAUCAAGAACUUGCUCAACGGAGACCACCACCGGCCUCCCCCCAAGCCGCAGCCGCCCUCACGGACGCUCUUCGCGCCGGCCUCGGCCGCCGCUGCAGCUGCCGCGGCCAAGGGGGCCCUGGAGGGCGCCGCGGGCUUUGCGCUCUCGCAGGUGGGCGACCUGGCUUUCCCUCGCUUUGAGAUCCCGGCGCAGAGGUUUGCCUUGCCCGCGCACUACCUGGAGCGCUCCCCGGCCUGGUGGUACCCCUACACCCUGACCCCCGCCAGCGGCCUCCUCCCAAGACCCGAAGCCUCAGAGAAGAUUCUCCUGCGAGACUCCUCCCCCGCCUCGGGUACAGACCGCGACUCUCCCGAGCCGCUGCUCAAGGCCGACCCCGACCACAAGGAGCUGGAUUCCAAGAGCCCGGACGAGAUCAUUCUAGAGGAGAGCGACUCAGAGGAAGGCAAGAAGGAGGGUGAGGCGGCGCCGGGCGCGGCCGGGGCAAACAUGGGCGCGGCGGUAGCCGCGGCGGGUGCCGAGGACUGGAAGAAGGGUGCCGAGAGCCCCGAGAAGAAGCCAGCGUGCCGGAAGAAGAAGACGCGUACGGUCUUCUCGCGGAGCCAGGUCUUCCAGCUCGAGUCCACCUUCGACAUGAAGCGUUACCUGAGCAGCUCGGAGCGCGCCGGCCUGGCCGCGUCCCUGCACCUCACGGAGACGCAGGUGAAGAUCUGGUUCCAGAACCGCCGCAACAAGUGGAAGCGGCAGCUGGCUGCCGAGCUGGAGGCCGCCAACCUGAGCCACGCUGCAGCGCAGCGCAUCGUGCGGGUGCCCAUCCUCUACCACGAGAACUCGGCAGCUGAGGGUGCGGCGGCCGCGGCGGCUGCAGGCGCCCCGGUACCGGUCAGUCAGCCGUUGCUCACCUUCCCGCACCCGGUCUACUACUCGCACCCAGUGGUCUCGUCCGUGCCGCUACUGCGGCCCGUCUGA